AUGGCCGCUAAACGUCUGAUCCUGUUCUUGCUGGCAGCAUCAGUGGCUACCGUCGCUUCGAUCCAAGUGAUGUUCGAGCAGUUCAAGCAAUGCACCAGCAACGGAGUUCUGGACUGUAACUUGAGAGUACGAAAGGUCAACCGGACCUUGGCAACGCUGUACGGAAAUGCUACGUUGAAUGUCGAUCUUGGGGACAACUUCGUAACCUCCGUCAAUCUGUACCGCAGCAUGCUGGGCAACAACCAGUACAAUCUGUACCCGAUGAAGGUUUCCCCGACGGGCAUUUGCAAGUUUAUGCAAGAAUUUUGGGGCGAUUACUACCGGUACGUUGUGGUGUACGUGCCGCAGAUGGAGAAGCCGGGCGUGUGUCCUAUAACGGCGCGUCAGCUGCAGUUCAACGACAUGGUCCUGGACGAACGGAUGCUUCCCCGCUUUGUGCCGACCGGACUCUGGAAGAUGGUUUUGCGCGCCGAAAACGGCCAGACUGGGAUGUACUUUCAAAUAGAGAUCAUCUUUCGAGUGUAUCCGGAUGGGUACUAA